AUGGAGAUGCAUCAGUUCAUCGGUGACCUUAUCACAUCUGGAAACACCUCGAAGGACCAGCCAGAUGUGGUGAACCCAGCAUGGGGCGUGGCUGGAGCAGAGGCUGUUAGGUUCAAAGGUGCUUCACAUGAACCUUUUCAAAUAACUCGACCUGCUCAGGACAAGACGGAGGCAGAGCCGGGCCGUCGGGUCCAGCCUGGGGCAGCACAGAGGAAAGGAGAGGCCAGAGACAGCAGAGAAGAUGUGCAUCAUGGCUGCACCUGCCCUGGCUGCCCUUACUCCAAUUAUCCUUCUUCCUUUGAGACUUUACAACCCAGACAACCUAUGUCCUCAUCGGCAAGCACAGAUACAGAUGCAGUACGCCAUCCCAAAGACCAUAGUAACACUGCUCCAUUGAACUUAAAUGUGAACAAUGAACCAAGCAGCACAACCACAGCUGAGCUAGACACCAGGCCGUCCGGCCCAAGGACUCAGAACCCGGACCAGAACUCUGAAACUCCUCCAUCCAGAUUGUCCUCAAGCUCCUUGAACCACCUCACCAUGUUUCCCUGCUUGUGUUGCCGCCGCAGCUUACAACCCUGCACACAGAUCCUGAGUCACCAGGAAGGAACGGAUUCCCCAUUUUCUCACACCCAUGCCCAUCAUCAUUUUCAUCACCAUCACUGCCCUAUAAGCUCCUGUCUGCCCUAUCCACAGCUCUCUGCUCCUUUCCCCUGUUUGUCUUGCCAGCAUUCCUUUCCUGCCUGCACUCGGGAGGAGAGAGGUAGGCCAGUUUCGACUCUGCUGUCGUUGCAUGCUUGCAUGCACUGCCCUGCCACUUUUUCCAGACCCUCCCAGCUGCUGCAGCACCAGCGCACCGAGCAUGCUCACAAACCGUCUGGCUUUCUCUGCACAGAGUGCGGCAGGGCUUUCAACUCACACAGCAAUCUCCGUAUCCACCUCAACGUGCACACUGGUGCCCGGCCGUACACCUGCUCCGAGUGCGGGAAGAGUUUUAGUCAGUCGGGGGCUCUGAAGAUCCACAGACGGAUUCACACAGGCGAAAGGCCAUACUCCUGUGGCUUCUGUGGCAGGGGGUUUCCCCAUCUGGCAGGGGUCCGAGCCCAUCAGAGGACCCAUACAGGAGAGAAGCCCUACCGCUGUAGUCAGUGUGGGAAAUGUUUCACCCAGUCUGGAGCCCUGAAGAUCCAUACCCGCAUCCACACAGGUGAGAGGCCCUUUAUCUGCAGCAUCUGUGGAAAAGGCUUCGCCAACCGCUCCGGGAUCCGCUUCCAUUACCGCACAGUCCAUGGGCUGGCCCCUGAACAUCCUGGAGAAGCUGGGGGUGCAUAUCGAGGAUCAGCAGGUCGUGGUUGUCCGCCUGGACGUCCCAAGACUUUGCCUCCCACCAGCAUAGGGCUAAACACACCUAAUAGGUCAGAUAGUAACUCACAUACAACUCUAACUUCAAGAGAAGUGUCGACUGCUUUGCUGGGUGGAAAUGAGAGAAAGUCUCAGUCGGAGGGAGCAAACACAGGUAGUAACAGAGAAGGGCUGCUGUAUGCAUGUGAGGACUGUGGCCUGCGUUUUAAGGAUGCUCCCUCCAGGAACAGACACCAGUCUUUGGUUCACUACUCCUCUGAGGGGAAACAGGAGAAGGGGGGACAGAGGAAAGAGUUGAGCACAACCAGUGGAGAGUAAAUUUAUGUUGUUGGUACAUUAUAGCAGGCUCAACAUCACAAAAGUCAAAUACAUGUUGAAAUUAUAUGUAAAAAUAUAUUCUUUAGUUACGUAUUACUUAAAAGUAUUGCACUACCUUUCAAGCUAUUGUAUAUAGACUGAAGUCCAGUUUUUAAAUCACAAAUUGAAUUCGUAACACCGUAAAGGGUUUUCAGGAGAAAUUCUGUAUAUUAGCUUUUUAGCAUCUAAUUGAUGAAAAAUUAAUUGAUUUGGAGUUAACACCUCUGAUUGGUUUGACAUGUUUUUAUUAGUGAGGUGUCUAAUCUGUGCAGAUUUAGCUUUAAGUCUGUAAAGUGAACUUAAAUAUCUUGCUGCUGAAUCACACUUCAGAUCCUAUUUUUUCUUAACACCGUUGUUUAUUGUGCCUUAUUCAGCUGUGGAGAGAGGCAUUGCCCUUUGUAUUGCAGCAAAUUACUCGCCAAAUGUGACAACACGGGGCAGUUACAAAAACUGUGAAUUUUUGGGUCUGUUAAUUACAUUUUCUGAUAUAAUGGAAGACUACCACUGCCAUUGACCCUUAUGAUACAAAAGAUCAUAUACCAGGGAAAAGUACAAUUUUCUAUCUUAAAUACAAAACUGUUUUGUAUUUUCUUUAAGGGUCAUCAGUGUGAACAGCAAUUUCAUAUUGCUUUAUUUUAGUUAAGUAACAGAAUCCAAUGAAGAGAAUCCAAAGGAGUUUUUACAAUUAAAGCUAAGUGAAAUAUUAAAGUGGGGAGUUAAUUUAACUUAAUUCCUUAGUGUUUUUUCAGUUAUGGGAAAGUUGCCCUGUGGUGACAAAUCUAAUAAUUAACCGGAAGGUUUUAUGAUAGUGAAGUAAUCUUUAUUUUCCGGAUUGGUGGGAAACAACAUGUCAACAGCUCUGGAGUUCGAGUGAGGUAUCUGUGUCUUGCUCAAGGGUACCGCUGUAGGUUGAAUCACAAGGAUUUUCAUCUAUGUGAAAGAAAGUCUUUCCCUGUUGUGCCUUUCUUUGUAUAAUAAAAAAAACAACAUGUAUUUUAAACCAAUAUUUGUUUGUUAUUAUAUUAUGUAUGUUAGAAAUGGACAAUUAUCUGAGGAUUAAGAACCAGCAAACAAAUACUGACACGAUCCAUUCCUGUUAAAUGUUUAGGCUCGAGAGAGUCACCUAGUGGUUACACAUAAUCAUUGCAACAAUAUCAACCACUGUGUUACAAUGUACCAUUUAUAGUACUCCUAACAUGUUUCUUAUCAAAACAUGUUGAAUUGAUAUAUUGUAAAUACAAUUUCAUAUUGUGAUGACAAGUAACAUAUCCUAUUCACUUUUUCUCCAUUAACCUGUUAAAUAGACCAAAGCAUACAUUGUUAGAUGACUUGUGCUUUCUGAAAGUGCAGCUUGUGAUUGAACAUUUCAUGAAUAAACAAUAUCUCUGAGA